AACUGCUUGAGGAGGAGGGACGCCGGCCUGUUAAAUCAGUUACAAGAGCUAGAUAAGCAAAUAAGUGAUCUCCGCCUGGAUGUGGAGAAAACAACAGAGGAACACCUUGAGACAGACAGUCGUCCAAGUUCAGGGUUUUAUGAGCUGAGUGAUGGAGCUUCUGGAUCGCUCUCCAAUUCAUCUAACUCUGUCUUCAGUGAGUGUUUAUCCAGUUGCCAUUCUAGCACUUGCUUUUGCAGCCCUUUGGAGGCAACACUGAAUAUCUCAGAUGGACGCCCUAAAUCUGCAGAUCUCAUAGGCUGGAUGGACUAUAAUAAGGAAGGCCAGCAUGAGGACCAGCCCGCAGGCUCUGUCUGUCGCUCUUUGUCCACACCGCACUCAAAUUCCCUCGAUGUCGUUGCAGAUGUACACCCAAAGUACCAGUGUGAUCUGGUGUCUAAAAACGGGAGCGACGUCUACCGGUACCCCAGCCCACUCCACGCGGUAGCUGUGCAGAGUCCCAUGUUCCUUCUCCCCGUGACUGAAAACCCCCAGCGAGAAGAGGAGAGGCUUGGUUGCAAUAUUAACGACGUUUGCACCGGAUCUGAAAUGGACUCGGGGAAAUCCACCAGCGCCUUCCUCCCGCAGAGCUCCUGGCCAGCGCCGUGCCCCUCCACCAGCAAGAGGAUAGACAGUUACAUCUUAAGCUUGGUUCAGAGAAAGACUCACGCGGUAAGGACUAACAAACCGAGGACGAGUCUCAACGCCGAUCCCACCAAAGGGAUCUUGAGGCAUGGCAGCAUGUGUGUCAGGCAGCCUGCGGGGGUGGUGGCUCAUGGCAACAUCGUUAACUUGAAGAACUCCAAGCAAGCGUGCUUGCCUUCUGGUGGGAGCGCCGCUCUGGACCACGCAGCACCCUCCCCGUUAAAGCAGAGGCCGAGGGAGCCGGCUGGUGAGCAGCUGGAGAGCAGGAAGGCACCUUUGCCAGGGGUUUUCCCACCCGGUGCGACAAGCGAGCUUCAGAGCAAGCACCUGCCCCGGGGCGUCAAACCGGCACCCCUGGAGGUCAACCGCAACGCCGUGGCCACGGUGGGGGACGUCCCCAAGGAGAACGGCCAACUCUUUGCUGCGUCUCCCAAAGAGAGCCCGGGGAAGCCCGCGGUGCUGCAGCCAGAGACCAGGGUCAGCCAGCCUCCCAAAAAAAAGGCAGCUCGCUCCUCGUCACCCGCCGUCGAGGAGAGGCCCGCGCUGGAUUUCAAAAGCGAGGGCUCUUCCUCCCAGAGCCUGGACGAUGGGUUGCUGGUGAACGCCCAGUACAUACCGGCCCAGCAGCAAAGUGUGAAGCUUCACAAAGGCACCCGAAACGUCAAGAUUUUGAAAAGCUCUGCCCUGAAACACCGGCCCCACUUUGCCAACGGGCUGGAAAACGGUUCACAGACCUUGCGGGAGAAAGCCAAGCCAGCCGGCAAGAAGUGCCGCUUUCCUGAGGAGCUGGAUACAAAUAAGAAACUGAAAAAACCCUCCUCCCGGGGCAAGAGAGGCAGCGGCUCGCAGCCGGAGUCGUCUGCGGAGAUUUCCUACGAGGAUGCCCUGCGCAGGGCAGGGAGGAACCGGCGGGAGGGGGUGGGGGUCUACUCCCAAGUCCCCCUGCCCUAUGUCAGCCCCUACGCCUACGUGGCCAGCGACUCGGAGUACUCGGCGGAGUGCGAGUCCUUGUUCCACUCCACUGUGGUGGACACGAGUGAGGACGAGCAGAGCAACUACACCUUUGUCCAGACUCUCCCCAUCCAAACGGUCGCAGCGCCGGAGCUGCAUGAAAACGCGGCCAAGGCCUUUGUCAAAAUCAAAGCCUCCCAUAACCUCAAGAAGAAAAUCCUCCGCUUUCGGUCAGGCUCCCUGAAGCUCAUGACAACCGUCUAG